CGUAAUCGCAGAGAUUCUUUUCAUCACGAAAACCUGAUUUGGAAUUUUGUGAGCUGUUAACACAGGCAAGUUGCCGGUUUUACAUCUCUUCUCUAGCAAAGUCCAUUCGCAGUUCAAAACUUGCUCUUUUACUAUUCUGUGCUCAACAUUGCUCAACAUGGCAUCUACCUCUCCAAGCUCGACCAUUGAUUGUGACGUGGUAGUUGUCGGAGGAGGGAAUGCGGGAUUUUCUGCCGCCAUAUCUGCUGCGCAGUCAGGAUCUGGAAGAGUCCUCCUAAUUGACAAAUGCCCAGAGGAGUGGGCCGGAGGUAACUCGCAUUUCACGGCAGGGGCAUUCCGUACCGUACACCACGGGUUGAAAGAUAUUAUCCCUCUUGUAAAUAACGUCGAUACUGGAACAACAAAUAUCAUCGAUCUGGCCCCUUAUACUCGAGACGAUUUCCUUGCAGACCUGUCUCGCAUCACACAUGGACGAUUCGAGCCAGAAUUGGGCAAAACUUUGAUCGAAGAGUCAAAUGACACUGUCAAAUGGCUUGCUAGAAACGGUGUCAGAUUCCAACUCUCGUUCAACCGCCAAGCCUACAAGAUCGAUGGCAGAUUCAAAUUUUGGGGUGGCAUGUGCCUCAAAACCGAGGAUGGCGGGAAAGGGCUGAUUCUUGAUCAUCAGAGAGCGGCGAAGAAACACGGAGUGACCGUACUAUACUCGACGGCGGCCAAGAACAUCCUUCUGGAUUCGAGGACUGGUGCUUUCGAAUCAUUACUGGCAUCAGAUAAAGAUGGGAACUCGCUCCUCAUCAACGCUAAAGCAGUAAUUCUUGCCGCGGGUGGGUUUGAAGCAAAUCCACGUAUGAGGUCGCAAUAUCUUGGCCCUGGCUGGGAUCUUGCUUAUGUUCGAGGUACACCGUACAAUACUGGAGAGUGUCUAGAAAUGGCCAUUCGAGAUGUUUCAGCAAAGCAAGCAGGGCAAUGGUCCGGGUGCCAUUCAGUGGCUUGGGAUGCCAAUGCACCUGCCAACACUGGAGACCGAGAGAUCUCAAACGAGUUUACCAAAUCUGGCUAUCCUUUGGGCAUCACAAUUAACAACCUGGGAGAGCGCUUCUUUGACGAGGGCAGUGACAUCCGCAACUACACCUACGCCAAAUUUGGACGUGCUAUUCUAGCCCAGCCACAAGGAACAGCCUUCCAGGUAUGGGAUUCGAAAGGCAUCCCAUGGCUUCGAGACGAAGAAUAUCGAGACGAAAUUGUGCACAAGAUCCGUGCGUCCACCAUCGAAGAACUGGCUCAGAAAUGUGCCCAGUCUUAUGGAUUGGAAAACCCGAGACAAUUUGUGGAGACUGUGAAGGAGUACAACAAUGCGAUUUACCAGCAUCGGAAAGAGUUUGGUGAUUUGAAGUGGGACCCUGCUGUUAAAGAUGGAUUAUCAACCCAAUCCUCUAAGAAAUCCCUCAAAGUGCCGAAAUCCAAUUGGGCAUUAACUGUUGACGAGGGUCCGUUUCUAGCAGUCAAGGUGGGGUGUGGCGUGACUUUUACAUUUGGGGGUCUUGCUGUUGACCCAAAGACGGCUGGGGUUAUCUCAUUGACUGGACGAACUGUGCCAGGCGUAUUUUGUGCUGGUGAGAUGGUUGGUGGGAUAUUCUAUGAGAAUUAUCCAGGUGGAAGUGGAUUGACAUCAGGAGCGGUAUUUGGUCGAAAGGCUGGCAUCAAUGCUGCGUUACAUUCCGCUGGAAAGGCGGCGGGGACCACGCAACGAGUACUCUCUCGAUUAUAGGCCCCUUUUCACAUAGCUGCGGGCUUCAAGUAGUCUUACAUUGAACACUGCUUAGACUCUUAGGUGCUGGUACUGCUCAGAAUCAGGAAUAUCAAAUUCGAAAUCUGGG